AUGUCGAUACCAGUUCCAGCGGCACAACCUCCUCCUACAACCUCAUAUCCUGUGCCGCAGCAGCAGCAACAGCAGCAGCCUCAAGAGAAACAGAAAAUGUCCGCUUGGGUGUGGAUCGCUGGUGCGGGUGCAGCGGCUUUCUUCGGUCGUGCAGCACUUGUCGCACUACGACGAUCAGGCGGUGGCGCUGGAGCACUCGGACGAAGUUACUACAAGGGUGGUUUUGAGCCCAAGAUGACACGGAGAGAAGCUGCUCUCAUAUUGGAAAUGCCCGAGCGGGGCAUCACCAAAGAACUUCUGCGAAAGAAGCAUCGGUCACUCAUGCUUCUGAACCAUCCUGAUCGAGGCGGCAGCCCGUACCUUGCGACCAAGGUGAACGAAGCAAAAGAACUGUUGGAAAAGGAAGUAAAAUAG